GGAAGUAGCGGUGGCGUCCAGCCCCACAGACUUGCAACCUGAGCGAGUGUGUGGCCGCUGGCCGGCCCCGAACGCUACAAGCCACGCUGGCUGCGCGUGGAGCUGAGGACUCGUGCGGAGGCGGGAUGCUCCCAGGCGGCGAGAUCCGCGAGUCGCCGGCGGCUCCGUGCUCCUCUGAAAGUGGUGACGAAAGGAAGGACGUCGAAGAGAAAAGUGAUGUGCAUAUUACAGCUCUUGUUGGAAAUAAACAAGUCAAUGAAGAUACAGAUAAUGGUGAUCUCCCUUCUUACGUGUCUGCAUUUAUAGAAAAGGAAGUUGGAAGUGACCUUAGAUCUUUAAAGAAACUUGAUAAACUCGUAGAACAAAUGACAGAAAAUAAAAUGCAGUUAGAGGAACAGGUACUUACGAUUUCAUCAGAAAUCCCUAAAAGAAUUCAGAGUGCCUUAAAAAAUGCAGAAGAAUCAAAGCAAUUCCUUAAUCAGUUUCUGGAGCAAGAAACUCAUCUCUUCAGUUCCAUUAACAGCCAUUUGCUGACCGCACAGCCCUGGAUGGAAGAUCUUGGGGCCAUGAUCAGCCAAAUUGAAGAGAUUGAGCGCCAUCUUGCUUACCUUAAAUGGAUUUCACAAAUUGAAGAACUAAGCGAUAACAUUCAGCAGUAUCUGAUGACCAAUAACGUCCCAGAGGCAGCCUCUAUUCUGGCAUACAUGGCAGAACUUGACAUCAAGCUUCAGGAAUCAUCUUGUACUCAUCUUCUCACGUUCAUGAGAGCCACUGUUAAAUUCUGGCAUAAGAUUCUCAAGGACAAGCUUACAAGUGAUUUUGAGGAAAUUUUGGCCCAACUUCAUUGGCCCUUCAUCACACCCCCCCAGUCUCAAGCUGCUGGCUUGAGUCGACCAGCCAGUGCCCCUGACAUCUACACUAACCUGGAGACGCUGUUUUGUCAGCUUCUGAAACUACAAACCUCAGAUGAAUUACUUACUGAGCCAAAACAACUUCCAGAGAAAUACUGUCUUCCUGCCUCCCCGGCUAUCAUUCUGCCCAUCCAGGUCAUGCUGACGCCCCUCCAGAAGAGGUUCAGGUAUCACUUCAGAGGGAACCGACAGACUAAUGUUAUAAGCAAGCCUGAAUGGUACCUGGCUCAGGUGCUUAUGUGGAUUGGGAAUCACUCUCAGUUUCUGGAUGAGAAGAUUCAGCCGAUUUUGGACAAAGUGGGCCCUUCGGUAAAUGCUAGGCUCGAAUUUUCCCGGGGCCUUAUGAUGCUUGUUCUGGAGAAGUUAGCUGCUGAUAUUCCGUGUCUACUCUACGAUGACAGUCUCUUCUGUCAUUUGGUGGAUGAGGUGCUUUUGUUUGAAAGGGAGCUACACAGUGUUUAUGGCUAUCCUGACACGUUUGCCAACUGUAUGCAUAUUCUGUCAGAGGAAACCUGUUUUCAGAGGUGGUUGACUGUGGAGAGAAAAUUUGCUCUUCAAAAAAUGGACUCUAUGCUUUCAUCAGAAGCGGCCUGGGUGUCCCAAUAUAAGGAUAUCACCGAUGUGGAUGAGAUGAAAGUUCCAGAUUGUGCAGAGACUUUUAUGACGCUACUACUGGUGAUAACUGACAGAUAUAAAAAUCUCCCCACAGCUUCCAGAAAGCUACAGUUCCUGGAGUUACAGAAGGACUUAGUAGAUGAUUUUAGGAUACGAUUAACUCAAGUGAUGAAAGAAGAGACUAGAGCUUCCCUUGGCUUUCGAUACUGUGCGAUUCUCAAUGCCGUGAACUAUAUCUCAACAGUCCUAGCAGAUUGGGCUGACAAUGUUUUUUUCCUACAACUUCAACAGGCAGCACUGGAGGUCUUUGCAGAGAAUAACACCCUCAGUAAGUUGCAGCUGGGACAGCUAGCCUCCAUGGAGAGUUCUGUCUUUGAUGACAUGAUUAACUUGCUGGAACGUUUAAAGCAUGACAUGUUGACCCGCCAAGUAGACCACGUUUUUAGAGAAGUUAAAGAAGCUGCAAAAUUGUAUAAAAAAGAAAGAUGGCUGUCCUUGCCGUCGCAGGCCGAGCAGGCAGUGAUGUCCCUGUCCAGCUCGGCCUGCCCGCUCCUGCUCACGCUCAGAGACCGCUCCCUUCAGCUGGAGCAGCAGCUCUGCUUCUCCUUAUUUAAAAUUUUCUGGCAAAUGCUUGUGGAGAAGCUGGAUGUGUACAUCUACCAAGAAAUCAUUCUGGCUAAUCACUUCAACGAAGGAGGAGCGGCUCAGCUGCAGUUUGAUAUGACCCGGAACCUGUUCCCCCUAUUCUCCCACUAUUGCAAGAGGCCGGAAAAUUAUUUUAAACAUGUCAAAGAAGCAUGUAUUGUUUUGAACCUGAACGUCGGUUCUGCCCUACUUCUGAAAGACGUCCUCCAGUCCGAUUCCGGGCAGCCUCAGGCCACAGCAGCCUUAAAUGAAGUUGGAAUUUACAAACUGGCUCAACAAGAUGUUGAGAUUCUACUUAAUUUGAGGACAAACUGGCCUAACACUGGAAAAUGAUGUAUCUUUUUUUGUUUUGGAGUUUUUCGUUUUUAACAAAGAGGAAGCCAGUUGGAUUUCGAGUUAAAUGAUGAUGUUCUGAAUUAAUGAAACUGGACAACUGAAAACUUGAUAGAAUCAUUUAUUAUCUUGGACUUAUGGUGUUAUUAAAAUGCUGACCAUAUUUUCUCAGUCCUCUUGUUCCUAAGAAAAUAAAAACAGAAAACUCAGAAGCCAGAAAAACUCAGAGUAAUUCCAUUUACAAAUAUAAAUGCUAAGUCUGUCUGUUGAGUAAGACACAAGAGCAGAGAUAAUAAAUUACAAUGAAUUUUCAAUUUCUUAUGCUAAUUAAGGGAGACUACUGUAGAUAAUCAAACACAGCAAAUAAAUAUUUU